UCCUCUUUUCCCUCAAGCUGUGAACUUUUCACUUUCCUCUGGGCAUCAAAGAAGGGAGUCAGAUUGUCUUUCAAUAGUCAUCAUCCAAAGAAAUUCACACACCAUUAUGGUUCAGUCCAGAAUGGAACGCAGAGAGGUGCCAAGGUUGAUAAGGUACUACACCAUCACCAUUGGCAAGACUAUGAGUUCUCAUAAUCAGUUUAUGAGACAACUUGGAGGAGGCUUCACUGAAGUGUUGUCACCAGCGCAGAGUGAUAUCAUCAUGGCUUUCUGUCCCAUCGUCUCUCGUGCUGGUACUGAUAUUGAGGCAGCACUGCCGCAGAUUCCAGAGGGCAAAGAUGUCAUUCUGGUAGUCCUGCAUCACUAUUUUAACCCAGACUACACUGUACCUAACAGCAGCAGACUAGUGACCAGAAGUGAUGUAAUACUCACAGUGGACUGUCUGUUCCAUGAGAGUAAGGGAGGACUACUGAACUGUCCUCGCAACAAAGCAGCAGUUGGUAAAAUUCGGAACCGGCUGAACAGGAAGCCAAAGGUGAUAGAUGCCAUCGUGGACAUCCCUGAUCACAGAAACAGGCCAAUGGUGUGUUCCAGUGUCCUUGAUUGCAUCAGGGCAGACAGGCGUUGUUGCCAGAGAUCACCAUUUGCAUGUGUUGGGCUCAUUAUGUUUCUUCUUCUUUUGUGUUUGGUGGUAUUUUUGAUUGUUUCUUUCUGGAAACAAUGAGGUUUAUCAUAAUAACCUAAUGGAAAUAGAGCAAGUAGGUCUAAAACAGCAACAGAGGAAUAAACUGUAGAAAUUACACAGACAACACAGAUAAGCUGACUUAAAUAUACAUAAAAAAUAAUGAAUAAAGCCUAAAAAAAGCACCUACUCUACCUAUCGAUCAGGAUAGUAUAUUAGGAUAGUAUAUAAGAUGGCAUGAUGCUCAUGUAAUAUUGUAGGACUACUCUGAUAGUAUAUUCUGUGUUGUCACUUUGUUCUGCUUUGACUGCCCUUCUUUUAAAUAUUAAAGUCAUUGAAUUUCA